AGGGGUCGAGGUGAAGCAAAGGGAGAAGUGAGUGAGAGGGAAUAUAGGAUACAUAAUAGCUUGUGGGGAGGAAGGUAUCUUAUAUCUUAUAAGAAGAGUAAGCCUGAGGAAGAGCUUAGUAUAAAUAUCUCUUGAGUUUGGAGUUCCAAGAAGCUGCUUCUGUUUUUCAACACCACCUACCCAUCGAGCUCAAAAGAAGCCUUUUCCACCUUGCAUACCCAUCCAAAGCGAAGGGUGGGUUGUGGUCCUGUAAUUUUCCACCUAGCUAGCGAAAGCUGCUUCACGCAUAAGCUAGCUCCUCCAUCUUUUCUUCUUCAUCUAGAAGUGCUUUUCCUUUUCUCCUUAAUUUUCUCCGUUCUCGUUAAGCUAGUACAGCCAAAAGAAGCACCAUGGGAGGGACAAUAUACUACCUCUCUCGCUUGUUGGGCACUGGCCACAGCUACAAGAAGCGGAAGCAGUUGCACACUGUGGAGCUCAAGGUUAGAAUGGACUGUGAGGGUUGUGAGCUCAAAGUCAAAAACGCACUCUCCAACAUGAAAGGAGUUCAAUCAGUGGAGAUCAACAGGAAGCAGCAAAAGGUUACAGUGACAGGUUAUGUUGAGCCCAGCAAGGUAUUAAAGAAGGCUCAAUCUACAGGGAAAAGGGCUGAGAUUUGGCCUUACAUUCCUUACACUCUGGUGGCCCAUCCUUAUGCUGCUCCAGCUUAUGACAAGAAGGCACCACCUGGGUAUGUGAGGAAUGUCGAGGCUGUAACACUCUCUAGCCAACUAGUCAGACAGGAGGACCAGCUCACCACCUUGUUUAGUGAUGAAAACCCGAAUGCAUGCUCUAUUAUGUGAAGUUAAUGACACUACAACACACACACACACACACACACACACACACACAAACAUAGAGAGAGAGAGAGAGAGAGAGAGAGAGAGAGAGAUCAUUUUAUCUCUCUCUCUCUCUCUAGCAUUGGACCUUGGUUGACCACUUUCAGGUUUUAGAGAAGGAUUAGUGACAUACUAAUAUUACUGGUUUUUUGUAUAAAUAGCUUGAAGAGGGAAAAAGGGUUUUGCAUGCCAUGUCUUGUCCUUUUACCUUUGAACCUUUUUCCUUAAUAGUGUCAGAGAAUAAUAUAGUAUGUAGCCUAGAGUGUAGCUAGCUAGGGUUGGAGUUAAUUAGAUCAUGAACACUUGGAAAGGACGUAUGGGUUGUUACGAAACUUCUAUAUCAAUAUAUAUAUAUAUAUAUAUAUAAAUUAUUUAAUGACACUACAUAUCUUGUACUGUGUUGUGUUGUCCUUUGUGUAUGCAAUUAAAGAAGCAGUUUCCAAUUA